AUGUUCUCGACCUCGCGUUGUAAAUGCUGGAGCGACGCUGAGAUGAAGCAGCCCCGUGAACGACAGAACUGGGAACGCCGACGCUCGACAAGAACUUUUGAAGAAACCCACAGGUCUUCCUCGUUUGAGAAGAGCAGAGAAGCGAAAACGCAGGAAGAGACACAAGCUUGUUUCGGACGGUGGCGUGAGCUCCGGAGACGUCUACGCGUCGACGCGGAGCAGCCUGCCAGCCGCGGGCCAAGGAAAUUCACCUUGUGCUGCUUUAAAAACAUGCCAGUGCCGCCUUCAGAGCAGCAGCGCAGGGGAGAAGACGUGAGAGAGGAAGAACAGACAGAGGAAGACGACGACGCCUGCAGAUCCGGUCAGGAACAAGGCGUCUCUGGACACCUGCGGCGAGACGGCGAGAGUGGAGAAGAACAAACAGGAGAAGACGAGAACGAAGAGAACGGAUUCGCGGACGACGCGUUUACAGACAAAGAGGACAGGCGUCGUCAGGAGCAGGAGGAAGAAGAAGCAAACGACGCCUGAGUCCGAGAGCGAACGACAGAGAAGCGAGCCCAGAGAGCCUUCCGGAGAGCGCACCGCAUGUGGAGAAAAAGGAGAAACAUUCCCCUCCGGCAGGGAACGGAACACCGGGGGUUGAGAUUGGCGAUACGCUGGGAGACACACGGAAGCCAUGGAGAGUCGAGAGACGUCUUUGUCCUCCAGAGUCUUCUACCGUGACAAGCGGUCUCUGUGCGGUCUCACGCAGAACCGUUUUUGACUUGUUCGUCUUCGCGACACUCGCUGCCUCGUCGUGCCGGGACUGGACAUCCGAAGGAUUCGUUCGACUCGUUUUUUUCUUCUCACACAGGCGCGCAGGUUUCCGUUGAACGGUCGAACAAGAGUGGAAGACCGGUUUCUCUCUCAUCCGCGCGGAAGUCCUCACGUGACCUCGCCAGGUGACGGAUGACCUUGGAACGUCUGAAAUCGUCUGACCCACGACAGGGACGACUCGCGUCUGAGUGAGUGGCUGUUCUCGCAGUCAAAAAAGGCAGGUGUUGAGGAUCGACAGAUUUCUCUCACCAAAAAAUGACAUUGCCGGUGGCAACGACGAAGAAGGACGCACAGAUCCACUCCACACUCCCUCUCUUCCUAUGGUCGGUGCGUUUUCU